ACACGACGGCAACGUGAAUAAUAGCGAUCACACUUUAAUCCCAGUGUCCCCUUUCACAAGUAAACUCUGUUUCCUCUCCUAUCUCUCUGCUGUUCUCAUAAACCGAAACGACGAGUAGCCCUCCCUCUCUCCCGCCGUAACCAUGGUUCUCGAGGCAACAAUGAUUUGUAUCGAUAAUUCAGAGUGGAUGCGAAAUGGUGAUUACUCUCCGUCAAGAUUUCAAGCUCUAUCAGAUGCUGUUAAUCUCAUUUGUGGAGCUCAAACUCAGUCGAAUCCAGAGAACACGGUUGGAAUUCUUACAAUGGCUGGAAAAGGGGUUCGUGUUUUGGUUACACCUACUAGUGACCUUGGCAAGAUCUUAGCUUGCAUGCAUGGUCUAGAAAUAGGUGGUGAGGUGAACUUGGUUGCUGGUAUACAGGUGGCUCAAUUGGCUCUCAAGCAUCGUCAAAAUAAAAAGCAGCAACAAAGGAUUAUUGUCUUUGUUGGAAGUCCCAUCAAACAUGACAAGAAGGUAUUGGAGAUGAUUGGAAGAAAGUUGAAAAAGAAUAAUGUAGCACUUGAUAUUGUUGAUUUCGGUGAAGAAGGUGAUGGGAAGGCAGAGAAACUGGAAGCACUUCUUGCUGCUGUGAACAGUAAUGACACCAGCCAUAUUGUUCAUGUCCCCCCUGGUCCAAGUGCUCUUUCUGAUGUGCUUAUAAAUACACCUAUCUUCACUGGGGAUGGGGAAGGUGGGAGUGGUUUUGCUGCUGCAGCAGCAGCUGCUGCCGCUGAUGGUGUCUCUGGUUUUGAGUUUGGGGUGGAUCCCAAUCUUGAUCCUGAACUGGCGCUUGCUCUUAGAGUUUCAAUGGAAGAGGAGAGGGCCAGGCAAGAAGCAGCUGCUAAAACGGCAGCAGAGGAGGCUGCUAAACAAGAAAAAGCAAGGGAACAACCAUCUAGCUCACAGGAUGCAACAAUGACUGAAAAUAACAGUGUCCCAGCUCCUGAUGCUUACAAUAAAAAAAAUGAGUUAAUGGAUGAGGAGAAUUCUCUGCUACAACAGGCUCUUGCAAUGUCGAUGGAUAGCCCUGGCUCUAGUCAUGAUGUGAGAGAUAUGGAUAUGUCUGAGGCAACCACAGAUGACCCAAAGUUGGCACCAGCUCUUCAAUUACCUAUGCAGGACAGUUCAAGGGAUUCAUCAAGCCAGAUGGAUAUAAGUAAAUUGUUGGCUAAUCAAUCUUUUGUGUCCUCCAUCCUAGCAUCACUUCCAGGCGUUGAUCCAAACAAUCCUUCAGUUAAAGAUUUGCUUGCUUCCAUGCAAAGCCAAUCCAAGCCCCAAGAGAAGAAGGAUGAAGACAAACAGCCAAAGGAGGAGAAGUGAUAUUUCUAUAUUGCUUUCUCAUGCCAGGUUUUAGUCUCUGAAUUUACCCAUUUCAGGAUCUGUUGUCAGCUUUCGGAGAGAUGCUUCCAUUCUUAAGGGCAUUAAACCGGUCUAUUAAAGCUUACCAGUCAUCAAGCUUUCUAGCUGACUUUUGAAGGUCCGAAAGCCCUUUAUUCUGGUUGUGUACAUGCAUGUUUUCAUUAUACGGUUUAAUCUUGAGAGGGCACUAGAAGGACAGACAUUAUACGAUGGCCAAAGAACAUCGAAAUGUUCUUUCUAUUGUUUCAUUAUCCAAAUGAAGGAAACUGUAAUUUGUAUCU